AUGUCAAGAAGUGGCACGGCACCAAAUCUCGUGCAGGCAGCAGCUGUGAAGCUGGAGAACGACCGCCUGCGUGAGGAGAUAAGGGCCAUGUGCAAUACCAUCAAGUACCAGUCAUCCCAGCUCUCGGAGCUUUGGACAGAGACCAAGCUCUUGCAGGCUCGGUGGACGAGCAAGGCGCAGCGCGUGCCGAGCAUGUCCUCCCUUGUCCGCGGUGUCGCGGAGCUGAGCCGCCGACAGCUGGAUCCCGGUGCGAUGGGCGCCGGAAGUCAUUCGGAGCUGUCGCGCGCACAGAGUGCCGGCUCUCUUUUGUCGACGGGCUCACAGCCAGGCGCGGGCCUGCGGCGCACAGCCGCCUCGGGGCCCAACAGCGACCCCUCCCUGUCGCUCGGUGGUUUCGACGCUCCGCUUGCGCCACAUCUCGGCCUCUCCAACAAGGAGACGGAUGGGUUGGAAGGCAGCGCGCUGGAUUCCGUGCACACAAAUUCAGAGGUUGGGCCUCUGCCUCCGAAUUGGCAGCCUGCCGGCGGCCUGUACAGCCAGGCGAAUUCGAUGCGGCCGCUGGGCCAUCAAUCCUCGCAGAAAAGGCUUCCCCUGUUCCGUCCGACGCUGUCGCCGCCCCCCAGCACCCACUUGCGAGAGAGGAAGCCUCCUCCGGCCCCUGUGGUGGCUGAAUCGGUCCACCAGCCGGGCCAGGUCGCUGUAGAUGUGCCGGAACCGACCCGGGGCAGCGGGAUUGCGAUGGAAGGGCACGAGGACCUACCUUCUGUGCCGUGGCUUCCGAGAGAGACGCAUCCUGUGCCGAGCCAGUCGCGAGACCCCGUUCAGCAGCUGCACCAGACACAGGUGAGCAACAAAAUUUCGUAUCCUCCCUGUACCAACGGUGGGGCUGUCUCCUUUACGCUGUUGGCACAGAACAUCAACAUAUCGGAGCUCUGCAGCCGAAGAAACCUGGCUUCUGCUUUCAAGGCGGCUAUCCAGUCUGCCGUGGCGCAGGAGCUGGGCCACAACUUCCUGCCCGAGUAUGUCGAUGUACGGCUGAGCCCCGACUCUGCCGCCAUUCCUGUGGUGGUACUGCCUCCUGCCGGGAUGUCGGCGAGGGAGCUGCAUGCACAGCUUUGCACUCGACAGCUCCCGGGCUGGUCGGUUGCAGGUCGCGUCGCUAGCCUGGAAGGGUUCCGAAGUGUUUGCCUCUCCUCUCUGUGGGUCCUUUGUAGCGUUGGCAUGCCCUCCGUGGUCGCAGUAGCUUCCGAUGAGCUCGCGUCCACCACGGUUUCUGCUGGGUCUCCCCUGGCGGAAGGGCUGGAGCACAAGAGCUCGAGCCUGGACGUCCCGGAGGUCCCUCAGGCCAAAGGAUUUCGGGAAGUGAAGCCGUCCGAGCUGAUGGAGGUGUACAGCGCCGAGUUGCGGAUGGCGCAGACGACGCACCCGCACUCCGGCCAAUGCUGCUGGGUGGUGAGGAUCACAAAGAUCUGCAGAACGGCCUCUACAUUCCCGGUCCGGCCGAGGACAGCGAGGACUCAAGGGAUAUGCUCCCUCCGGCACCGGCGGAGACGCAGGGGACGCGCAAGCUCCAGCGACUCGGGCUGUAGAGAUCGAACGGCAGACAUCCUCGGACGAGGAGCUCAGCUUCAUCGAUCCGGCGUUGCAUUCUCACAGAGCGCAGGAGGCUGCGUUGAAGCCACGGCAUUCGAAGGCUCAGGCCGCGCCGCCUCGAGCAGAGACGAAAAGGCCUUCCCAGCCGAGUGCGGUGCUUGGUCGGGCUACAUCGGCGGUGCCUGCCUCGGCACCACCGGCAGCCUCCGCAGAGACUCUGGAAAGGCUGCUGGGAGAAGCAGUCAAUGCUGCAAGACAUGGAGAGCUCGGCUGCCGCAGCCCGACGCCUACGUGACAUACGUGACAGACUUAGGUAUCGGCUCUGUGUCGUUUCUGGCAAUCAGCAGCAGCCGCUUGAUCCUGGCCACGCGGCGGAAGUGCCACUGGAAUGGCGAUGCCUUCACAGGAUUUGAGUCUGGCCAAUCUUCUGACGGCGCCGCCUACACCGGUUGUCGAGCCGCCUUCGAAAGAGGAGCUAUGAAGCUUUGCCGGCAGGCGCCGCCGCCAGCUGUCGAGCCGGUCAUUAAAGAGGCGCCCCCGCCCUCGCACGCGGAGCCGCAGCAGCCGCCCAAAAAGGCGGUGGCAGAGAUCGUCAAGAUCGACUCUGACGAGGACGAGGAGGAGGAAGAGGAGGAGGUGUCCUACGACAAGUUGAUCUUCAAGACCACCAAUAGGAGGCAGGUGAGCCAGACCAGCUAUGGGGCUAUGGAAGGCGGUGAGGCAGAUGGAGCUGCCACUCUGCAACCUGUGGACACUGCUGGAGCUUCUGGUGAUGGGGUUGGAAGUGCUUCUGAGGAGGCUCCUGCAGCGGAGGCCUCUCCACAGCCCUCCCAGCCAGAGGAAGAGUCAGCGGGCCCUGGUCCGGCCAGGGGCCUGUUGAACCUUCCUGAGGGAGCCUUGCGACAGGCUCUUGGGAAUUCUGCCGAUUUCUUGACGUUGGUUGGAACAUUGCAGUCCUUGAUGAGUGGUCGCAGCGACCAGCCGGGCACAGAUGCCCAACCGGAAGAGGCAACAGAACCGCAGAGUUUCUUGAGCUUUGAGAGUGCUGAGGCCACUCCCACAGCGAGGGGAACUUCUGAUUCUGCUGCCCAGGCUCAGGGAACACCAGAUUUUCCUCAUCGCGUUCAGGAAGAGUUGUCUGGUGGUAUUUCCAUGGAUGCGGGUUUUGCAUCAGGGCGAGAAGUUCGAGCGGGAGAACGUCGUGAGCCACUGGCAGGACCUCUCUUUGCUCCUGAGCAGAUGGCUCAGUGGGCAAGGUUGGAGCAGGGAGCACCGCUGCUCUAUGGAACACCUCAGGGCCAGGAGUCUUUCCGCACUCUUCCCAGGUCUGAAACGCCGUCGGUGAUGUCUAGUGGUGAAAUUCAAGCGGAAGUGAGGCGACAACUCGAUGCCAUUCGGAUGUCCCAUGCUGUACAGUUGGAAGCCUUAGCACGUGAGAAUGAACAGCUUAGGAGACAGGCUGCGGGUUCCUUCCGAGGGGAGGAGCAUGCACAGGCUGCGUUGGCGAGCCAGAGUAUGCCUACCCAACUAGGUUUCGUCGGUUUCUGCAACCAGUGGACCACCUGGGAUUCCGUCUCCAAUGCCAUCAAUACCUCUGAUCAACUAUGGACCUUGGCAACCAAGGAGGCUUCAGACUGGUACAAGAAGUAUCAGUCUCAGACCCCAGUGGGCAGGCUAAGCACAACCGUGGCCAAGACUGUGGCGGAGGCAGUUUCGGAGCUUCGCAUGUGGAAGAGGUGGACCGUCCGCCUGACUGAUCUCGGCGGUUCCAUUCCCGAUCCGGCCGUCCUCUUGAAGGCUCUGACCACCAUCACAAGUGGGCCACUGUCGACGAUGCCAGAUGUGGCAUUCCGAGUUCAACUCAUCAAGGCCACCCUGCAGGUGGAUGUGACGCCCACUACUGCCAGUGUUCAGCAGCUUUAUGAGUGCCUGCUGACGGAGCUUGAGGGUGAGGUUAAGUUCGGGAAGGCUGCAGCAAGGGCUAGAUCGGUGAAGGAAGAAGAUAGAUCCGAAAGGGAUCUCCCGAAGCCACCGAAGUCACCUCCAAAGUUGCCACCUCCUCCCAAGGGUUCUCAAGCUGAGGGGAAAUCCGAGAGGUGUCGAGCCUUCCAUGGAGGAAAUGGAUGCAAGCGUGGGGCCCAAUGUCCUUACCUGCAUGAGUGGACGGCCAUUCCGAAGGCUGAAAGGUCCAAGCUUUGCAUGUUGUGUGGGGCGACCGGGCACCGAAAGGACCAGUGCACUUCGCCAGCCACGCCCAAGUCACCUAAGAAAGGGGAUGGAACAAAGCCUGAGGCCAAGCCACAGCCUCCCGCUGCGUCGUCGGCGUCCUCAGGAGGUGCCACCGCUAAGGCGGGUCAAGGCUUCACGGCGAAGCAGUUGGAGGCCCAGAAAUUGCAGGGACCCAUGGAGUCUUGUGAGGUGAGCCUAGCUGGAGAUGUCCGGCGCACGUGGGGCAAGACCCCAGGAGGAACCUUGGUCGUUCCUACGGAGCAUCCAGGCUCCACCAGUGAGGCAAGUCCUCAGACUUUGGUACCGCUGGGUGCCGUAGUGUCCAAGCUUGGGUGUAAACUCACGUGGAGUCGCGCAAAAGGUUUGAGGUUGCAGCAUCCAAAGAGAGGUCUUCUGCCGACGAAGAUUGUGAAUGGAUGUCCUCAGCUGCCCAAUGAAGUUGCACUGGAGUUAGUGAAGGAACUUGAAAUGUGCAACUCAGGACCCUCAGGCGAAAGGACUCAGGAGUUGUAUCAAGCCGUUUUGUUGGAUCACUUGGCUGACGAUCCAGAGCGCUCUCUUAAGGAGUACAUUGCACAGGGCACCAAGGUUCAGGCCCUCCAGGCUAUGCUUGCCUGUGCACCGUUCCGGGAGUUCACCGCCUUAUGCCAAGGCCUGGCAGUUGACUCUCCAGUCAGCGAUGAUCAAGGGUGGGAAGCCCUGAAGUCCCUACCUCUUCCACGGCGUGCGAGGAAGAGGCUUUUCCGGUCUCCAUGGAUCGUGAACUUUGGAAGUCCAAGGUCUGCAUUCUUCACUCAGGUGCUUCGGUCAAAGGGAUUUGAGGUACUAGAGGUUGGCCAAGGUGCAGAGGAAUGCUGGACCUCAUUGUUGUGGGGAGCCCUCUCUGGGAGGGUAUCAGCUGUUCUUUCUGGAGAAGGGUUUGAGGAGGAGGAUCGGGUAGUCGAGACUAUCCGACCACUCUGGUUGUGGACCCUUGCUUCAAUGGCGCAAGGCAGCUGCCUACCACUGAUGAGGCGGGCUGAGACCUCUCAGGAGGAGGGACUCGACUCCCUAGGAAAGGGGUUCAAGUCUGGGUUUCUCAAGUGGAGUGGGUGCGACACUGUCCGUUGUGGUUCUGGGGAACUAGUUACCAAUAUGAAGUUAGGUCACCUAGAGCACGAUUUUCCCCAGGGAGCAUCUGCAAGCCAGUUCGAGGAGGAGCUGGGCCGUGCCCUUUUUGGGAUUCCAUCAGCAGUUUGGAAGCUGGAGGCUUUAGAGGCAAUCCAAGCUUGUUGGGAGGAUCCGGAGUUUUCCGAGGUUGUGUCCCUUUGGUUCAAGGAGGACAGGCGUGUUGCUUUCUUGAGGUCUGAGGCACAGGCUGCCGCAGAAGGUGCACUUCCAAGGUCUGAGGCACAGGCUGCCGCAGAAGGGGCACUUCCAAGGUCUGAGGCACAGGCUGCCGCAGAAGGUGCACGUCCAAGGUCCGAGGCACAGGCUGCCGCAGAAGGUGCACUGCCAAGGUCUCAGGCACAGGUUGAAGGUGCACUGCCAAGGUCUCAGGCACAGGUUGAAGGUGCAUCGCCCAGGUCUGAGGCACAGGUUGAAGGUGCAUCGCCCAGGUCUAAGGCGCAGGCUGCUGCUGAGGGUGCCCCUCUUCGGUUUAAGACCCGGGCCCUUGCUGAAGGCGCAUUUUCCAGGUCUCAGGUACCGAAUGCUCCAGACGAAGUGUCGCAGGGAGCCCCGGCCCAUGCGGACUCCGAGGAGGAGAGUCGAUUGUUGACUCAGGAUAGUUGCUUGAGGGCCACUGCGCCAGCAUUUGUUCCGAGCACUAUCGAUCAGGGACUCCAAGGACGGGAGGCAAUACUCCAGCUCCUCAUGCAGCAGGAGGCUGUUCAAGAGGAACUGUCAAGUCCCUUGGAUGCCACGGUCAAUGCAGCGAGUGUAGAGGCCGAAGGGGAACAAGAGGAGUCCGCGCCGAUCUUGUCUCCUGAACAGCGUAGGAAGUGGCUGGCACACAUUCAAGCCGGCCAUUGGCCCUAUCGCAAGGAUUGUCAGGUUUGUGUACGGGGCUCAGCCGUUGGUCUGCAGCACAGGAGGGUUCAACACAAGGACUCCUAUGUGCUCUCCUACGAUCUAGCGGGUCCCUUCAAGGAAGUAGGCCGUUCCUUUGAUGCCACGGGCUAUAGGUAUCUCCUAGUAGCCGGAUAUAGGGUGCCGCGGGAGCUCCUCACUCAGUCCACUGAAGGAGGUGCUGGGGAACCUCCUCCGCCUGAUUCAGCGCUAGAGCUCUCUGCUACAGGCUGUUCGGAGAAUGGUCAUCCGGAAGAGCCGCCUCAGCCACUAGUACCAGAGGACGAUGAUGACUCAGGUUCCAUCGACUUUGGGGAAGAAGGGGUUCCAGAUCUUGAGGAGGAGCCUCAUGUAGCAAGUCCCCUUGAAGAAUCUAUCCUCGAGGGUGACUUCCAGGAAUCUGAUCUGGAGGAGUACGUGGCGUCCUUGCAGGAACCCAUCCCGCAGGAAGUUCUUCGCUUCAGUGUGCCUUUGAAAACUCGCCAUCCGAAGGGCAUCCUUGAGGCCUUGCAGCAGAUCUGUGGUGAAGUGCACAGGUUAGGGUUGCCGGUUCACAGGCUACACUCGGAUAGAGAAGGAACCUCAGAGGCGAUUAAGAAGUGGUGUUAUCAAAACUUGAUUGUGCCCUCCUAUACUCAGGGUCAAGAUCCUCAGUCUAACGGUUUAGCUGAACGUUUGGUUGGAUGGUUCAAGGCUAAGAUGAGGACUUCCUUGGCGUCUAGUGACUUACCCAUUAAGUUUUGGCCACUUGCAGCUAUGCAUGCUGCUCAGACUUACACCCACAGGGUGUGUGGGCGUCCGUUGCCGCCAUUCUUUGGCCAAGUUGUGUGGUUCAAAGGAAAGACCCCGACUAGCCAGCCCAAGAGGGUUUUUGUCAAGUGUGAGCGUGGUCGCUAUCUUGCUCCAUCCACGUGUGAGACUGAAGGCCAUUGGAUCCUCAGGGAAGCGACAAGGGCGAUCCUCUCCACCAGGAAUCUUAGAGCCAACCUCGUUCAUCCGGAAAAAGUGUUGGCAGAGGACUUACCCGAGCUUGUCGCUGAAGAUGAGGUAAGUGGUGUUGAGGACCCCGCUAUGUCGCCCUAUCGUCGGAUAUCAAGGAAGAGCCGAGAUCCGAUAUCUCAGGGGCCAUCAGCAUUGUCGGUCAAGGUUGAAAUGCAAGGCGAAGAGGCGGAGCUCCGAGCACAGGUGCUGCUUCAUCGCAAGGACUUCAGACCCGCGGCUGCUUUGCAGGUGCUUAAUCUUCUUGAGUGGAGCUCUUCCAACAAGGCUCCCCGGGGAAGUGCAUCCGGGUAUGAGUUGUUUGGGGGUUUUAGGCAUGGGGGUAUUCAAGGAAUUUCCAGGGCUGCCAGACAACACCCUGGAGUGACGGCAUUCCUCAACGCCUAUCUCCAACAUCACUCUCGCAAUGAGGGGAGUGGAGAGCCUCCCACCUGGACUUCAAUAGUAGUGUACGCUGAUCCCGAAGUGGAUCCUCAUGUGGAUCACCGCAACGAACCUGGGACAGCCAACUACGUUCUAGUCAUCCCAGGCAGGACGUGUCUUUGGACUGCUGAGCGUGUGGGUCCCCAGUCAAUCCCUGCAGGAUCCUUAAGCCCGGAGGAAGGUAAGGGAUAUCUUACGGUUCUAGGACAUCGCCUUCAGACCUUUUCUCCAAAGGUUCGGCACUCCCUUGUAAGGACCCCUGACUUCGUCGUUGCAUGCUUCACUCCGCUUGGCAUUCAUCUUGAAGGAGAGGAAGCCCGGUUGAUGAAGGAUUUGGGUUUUCCCCUGGGGCAUGCCGAGGAAGCUCGAUCAGUGAGGUUUGAGCAUUCCACCGUGUGUAUGGUCCAAGCUGAGGACACUGGCCUAGAAGAGGACGUCCAGCCGGACACCUCUGCCACGGUCGAGGUAGGAUGGGAGCCCUGCGAGUCCCUAGAACAGCGACUCUCGCGUUUGGGAUUAGAGCGCUAUCUCUCCCGGUUCCGCCAUGAGGGAUUAGUUGAGAUCAGGGAUCUGGAGUUCCUCUUCCGGGAAGAUUUUGUCGAUAUGGGUCUAUCGCUCGAAGAUUCCACUAGGUUGCUGGAAGGGUUCCCUGGGCAGAUAAGGGUUAGGCCCGAUCUCCCGCAGAGGGCACACCAGAUGCCUACGCCCAUUCCCGACAUUUCCCAUCCCGUGCCUUUGUCUUCAGAAAGGAAGGAAGUCCAGGAUGAAAGGGAAGAGGAGGAGAAACUAGUUCAGGAUUUGCAGGGCAUUCAUCUAUGUAAGGUUGAGGCGGUGCCAGAGGAACCCGUUGAGGAUGUGUACCGGGGUUCCUACAACUACUGGUGCAUCAGUGAGGAGGAGUGGUACUCCUUUAUCAGCGCAGCCUCAGAUCCAGCCCGAAGGUCUCUCUGGAAUGCUCUGACCGAGGCCAACUACCGCUACUAUGGAGGUCGUGUCUUGAACCUGGGUACUCAAAUCCUUUUUCCCCCUGCGACAGCGGACAAUCGGUUGAUUGCUGGAUGCGUCUCCAACGCAGUACUCCAUCAGGAGCUUCACACCUUGGAUUUGAUCUUGAAAGGUAGGCUGCAACCGGGACCGGAUGGCCCGGAAUAUCAGCGUUCCCUGUUAGGUCAGGUGCUCUCCGUGAAGGGGUAUCCUAGAGGUGGCCGGGAAUACAGGAUUGCCUUGAGAGUUCGACGAACUGUUGAUGAUGUAGACGAUCAAGGCAACUACUUAGGGGACGUGUUUAUGCUGAUAGACAUUGCGGUGACCGUCUCCACCGUACCAGCGUCUGAGCAAGAGUUGAGAGCAGUGUCUGAGGACUUUCCCGAGCGUGGGGAUCGAGUCCGCGCUGAGUACAUGGGUCCAGAUACUGACCCGACGUUUGGUGAAGUGGAAUCCUACAUAUUCCCUGUGCCAGCAAUCGUUGUGGAUGAUGAUCAGCCUUCCCCUUCGAUCACUGGUGAUGUUUGGAGUUCGGGUGAUGACGGCAUGGAGGAGGAAGCUGAUGGUCUCGAGGCUACAUCUUCCACAGCCAACAUACCUUCCAUCUGCAAGAUUGUCGGACCCAACCCUCAAGGCCAGGGUCCACCGCCAAGUCAGGAAGGGGCACCUGAAGGAAGAAGAAGAGUGCGAAUGGAUGUCCGUUACACGCGCCUGACGCCUCAGUCGUGGGAGGACAUUUGCACUCUUCCGGAAAGAGACUUCGAGCAAGCCAUGGAACGCCUUUCGAGGGAGAUGAGAACGGGGUCGCAUUCAGACACUGGCACCCUGUCAGAUCACAUUCCUCAAGGCUUGUUGGUGAGCACAGUGAUAGAUCAGUGUGAUUGGAGCGUCAAUCCAACUCUCACGCUGCACACGGAAAACGGUGAAGAAGUUCCGCUAGCAGAUGUGCUGCGUUUCCAUGAGGAUGCUGCCGAGCCUGGCGUUCCGGUGGAUCAGCGGUUCUUAAUCUUCACGGUUUACGAUAGGAUUAGGGAUGUAGUGGAGGUGAUACUCAUUGUUGCUCGCUUGGUCACGGAAGUAGAGGACCCUGUGGAAGCUGCCCGUGGGUCAGAUCAUCAUGUUCCUCGACCGCCAGGGCCAGAUCCACCUGCAAUUAGAGCGGUGAGACUUCCACCUCAUCUCUCGGAAGAAGUGCAACCAGCCGGCUCCAGUCAGCGUCGAUCACUCUCUGUGAUUCCCGUGGAGCGAGCGUGGCCGGCUUAUCUUCCGAGCCUAUCCAAUUUGAGGUUCUCGAGCGCCGUUGCAAGGGAGGAGUCAGGGGAUGCCAGCUCCGAGACUCCACGCCUCCGGGCAGUGUCAGAGUCGCUCUACACUGACAACCUAGAGUCAAUCCUUGAAGAGCUUGAGAAGUGUGGAAAGCAGUUGGAAACCACGCAUACUGCUCGCCCUUCUGAAGUUAAGCAACACCUUGAGAGGUGGGUAGAGGCCAUGCGUGCAGAGCUGGAAGGGCAUCUUGAGAUCGGGUCUCUUACCAGACAUGUGGGAGAGGAGGCAAGGUCUCUUCUGAGUACUCCAGGCGCAGAGGUGCUGCCGGCUCUGGCAGUUUACACUGCGAAGCCUCCCAAGGCGGGGAGCAAGAAAGCCUACAGGCGCAAGUGCAGGGCCGUAGCGUGUGGAAACUUCACCGAAAUCACCAGUGAAGAGAACACCUAUAGCGCCGGUGCACAAGCAGAGGCGGUGAGGAUUGCGCUGGCGGUGGCCAGUGGAGAGCCCUGGGCAGCGUAUGUCACCGACAUCUCCCAAGCCUUUCUGAGGGCACCGUUGCCUGACUUGGAGCGUCUCAUUCUGCUAAGGCCGCCAGCCCACUUUGUACUGGCAGGCAUUUGCCAGGCUUCCGAGGUCUGGCGUGCCAGACGUGCAGUUUAUGGUUUGAGGGAAGCACCGAAGUGGUGGAGUGACUAUCGAGAUCGGGUCUUGAGCCAAGCAAGUUGGGAUUGUGACGGAGAAGAGAUGCACCUUGAGCAACUUGAGGGUUCUGUAUGGUUGCUUAAGGAUAGGAAUGGUCAGAGAAGGGGCAUUGUGGUUGUCUACGUUGACGACUGCUUGGUGUUGUCCACCUACGAGCAAGCAAGGGACUUCCAUGCCUACCUGAAUGAGGUUUGGGAAACCAGCCCGUUGGAGAGCUGCCAAGAAGUAGGGGAUAUGGUUCAGUUUCUGGGCAUGAAUAUCACCAAAACCGCCUCAGGUUUCUCACUAGGUCAGCAGCCCUACCUCAACGACUUGAUGGCCAAGUAUGAUGUGCACUCCUCCAGCCCUCAGACGGUUCCUCGAGACUGGAUUAAGGAGGAGCCAGAACAACAAGAGUAUGAUGGAGCAGACCUUCGUAGGGCGCAGUCCAUCGUGGGUGAGCUCUUGUGGGUAAGUCAGAGGACCAGGCCUGACAUCAGCCACACCACAGCUCUUCUGGCGUCCUGGUCCACCAAAGACCCGUCCCUGGUGUACAAGCUAGGCAUCAGGAUGCUCCACUACUUGUAUGGGACUCUUGAUCAUCAGUUGGUGAUUGAGGCCAGCCCAGGCGAGGAGAACCUUCAGUGCUUUACUGAUGCGAGUUUCUCUCCGUAUGGCUCUCGGUCCUAUAGUGGGAUAGCGAUUAAGUUUCGGGGUUGUUUGGUCCUUUGGCGUGCAACAAAGCAAUCCUUGAUCACCCUGAGUUCGUCCGAAGCGGAGCUCAUCGCCGCGACAGAGGGGAUCGUCCUGUCGGUAGGUGUACGGGAGGUGCUUCAGCAAGUCAUCGGAAGGUCUCUCGUGAUAGACCUUUUGGUUGACAACACCUCCGCGCUUCAACUUCUGCAAGGUCGAGGGGCCAACAGGACUCGCCACUUGCGCAUCAGAAGCAACUUUGUCAAGGAACGUGUUGAUGCCAAAGAGAUCACUCUUCUGCAUGUACCGGGAGAAACCCAGCAGGCAGACCUUCUGACCAAGGUUUUACCGGGGCCCCGUCUGAAGUUUCUGCGUGGGCUAGUCGGCUUGCAAGGCCUUGAAGAGGGUGAACCGCAUGUGGUUCAAGCAGCCAGUGUCCAGCCAAGGGGUUUGGAUAAUCUUCAGGGCUGGCUGUUCUUCUUGAUCUCAUGCAUUCAGGCCUAUACCGCUGACGGACAGGAAGAAGACCUGGCAAGACUGGAGGUUGAUCCUCCAUAUGAGCUGAUGUUGCUAACUGCCUUGGUUGUGCUCUCUGUCCUGGCCGUGUGGGAAGGUGGCAGAGGUCUGGUGAACUGCUGCGUUACCAGAGCCAGACCUCGGGUUCGGUCUGUGACGACCACGAAGGGUAAGUCGGUUGAAGAUAGGGUUAAGGAGGCAAUCAAGAAGGAGCUUGGGGAGCAAGGGGUGAGGCAGGACCAUGGAUUGGUCUCAAGGGCCAGAGCUCUACGUGUGGAUCCCAGUUCAUCCUCUGGACAGGUCGCUCCUCCCCUCCAGGUUUCAGCUCCUCCCACCGUGGUGCCUCCGCCACCAGUGAGCACCUAUCGCGGAGAUUUGCCUACCGGAAUCCCCAUCCAUCAGGUGCCAGACCAGGAAGUGCUGGAAGAGCUCCUUAACCAGGAGACCGAGCCGGGUAGUUUGCUUUCAUGCAAAUGCCAACCCAUGAAUCUCAGCAGCACCUUGCAUGCGGCUGCGAAGCAGUUGGGCGGCCCUCCGAAGGACCUCAGCGAGGCCUGCGACGCAUUGUGGAGACUGCUGUUCCGCUUGCGCAGUGCUCCAGGAGGCUGCGAUGAAGGAGGCAUUGCCAUGAUCUCCUGCCCCAGCACCUCGCAAUGGCGGGCUGUGGUCAUCACUACCGUGUUCCGCAUGCGUGCUCAACAAGACCACAUUCCAGCCAGCGAGAGCACGACAUGGCUGGCAGCCUCCACCUCCAUACCCGUUGUUUUGCCACUGGAACGACUGGCAGUGUUGCUGGAGGAGUGCGCCGUGGAUGGUUUGUGCGUGACUCUGGGUGGCCCCAGCGCUGAGGCCAUUGCCGUGUUCGGCAGCUUGGAGUCAUUCCCGAGCACUGGGGCAGAUGCAGAGCAGAAAGCUGCAGCCAAGGCCAAGGCAUCCAAACUCCGCGCAAAGGACGAAGCUCUCUUUCCAUGCAGCGCUUGGUUCGCGCUGAUGGCUGCGUCCAUGUCCCCGGAGUUUCCUUGCAAUGGAAGACUGUACUCGCAGACUGCCCAAAGUUUUUUAUAA